UUCUCUUUUAGCUUCCUCCACAUUCAUUCAUUCUUUCUUUGAUCAUUUUCUAAGCUCUUAAAUCAUCAUCAUGGGUGUCUUCACAUACGAAACCGAGUUCACCUCUGUCAUUGCUCCACCUAGGUUGUUCAAAGCCCUUGUUCUAGAUGCUGACAACCUAGUCCCAAAGAUUGCUCCACAAGCAGUUAAAAGUGCUGAAAUUGUUGAAGGAGAUGGAGGAGUUGGAACCAUCAAGAAGACUAGCUUUGGGGAAGGAAGUGAAUACAGCUAUGUGAAGCACCAGGUUGAUGCGCUUGACAAAGAUAACUUUGUGUACAACUACAGUUUGAUUGAAGGAGAUGCUCUUUCAGACAAAAUUGAGAAAAUCUCUUAUGAGAUUAAGUUGGUGGCAUCUGCAGAUGGCGGUUCCAUCAUAAAGAACACCAGCAACUACCACACCAAGGGUGAUGUUGAGAUCAAGGAAGAGCAUGUUAAGGCUGGCAAAGAAAGGGCCCAUGCUUUGUUCAAGGUUAUUGAGACCUAUCUUGUGGCCAACCCUGAUGCCUACAACUAAAACCAUCAAUGAUAUACAACAUGCAAAGGGAACUAAUCUUGUGCACUCUCAUUUCUCUGUUUGUUAAGCAGUGUGACUUUCAAUUCUUUCUUUUUCUCAUACUACAGCAGUCUUUGAUAGUUUUUCUUUUUCCAAAUUUGGUUUGUGAUGUUUCCCUUUUCCCCUGAACAAAAGUCAUAAAUGUCAGUGUCCUUAUUCCUCUGUUUAUUCAACAGUGUUGGCUUUCAUUUCUGUUUUUCUUUCUACCAAGCCAGAGCAUUCUUUGGUUUGCAUUUGAAGUUCUGAUUAAAGAGUAAUGUCUUUGUAUUUGAUUUGUUCCACAAUAAAUAAAACAGAAAACAUCUGAUUUAUCUUCU